UAUGUUUUGUUUAUUUGUCUGUUUGCUUGUUUGUUUAGGACGCUUCAUUUUUAAACUUCGCUUUUUUUUCUUUUUUUUUUUUGAGGAUUAAGCGUUUUUGACAUUCAGGAAGGGAUUCUGUGCUGAUAAAGCUAAACUUGACACAUCUGGGUGUCUGAUUAGGAACACAAGGACAACUUCAGCACAUGGAGAGCUACGCACAUUAACAAACAUGAAUAAGCUUCACUGAAAUCUGUAACAGCUGGCGCGCUUUGUAUUUUCAGCGCCGAAGCUGCAACGCUUAAAAGCCAUGGUUUGAGAGAAGGUUUGAAUAGCUUUUUAUUGGCGUAAAGAGCACGUCCCCAUGGGAUGGUAUUCGAAGAGAGCCGUAGAGGGAUCUGGCGGAAUUACAUUGAAAUGGAACAAAAUAACUAGCACAUUCUUGUAAUCUAUAUAUAAAAAAACACACACUGUAUAUAAGAAUGUCUUUCAGCAGGGGACCGAGCUCCCUUCAAUAAAACAGCUGUUCAGUAAUAGGGUUAGCAGCCGCUCCAGCUACGCCUCGCCACAACCCUGCUGCUGUGCUCCUUUCCCAUCCCUUGCUUGACACAUUCUUGGAUUUAUUAGCUGUAAGGCAAUUUCAGCAGGAGGCUGGUUUGGUCCGGUCACAAAUCCGAGGUGCAUCGCCUGCUGAUCCGCAUUACUUUGGAUUUUAUAGCGUCUGAUCUCGUCUUUUGGAUAAUUUCAAAAGAAUUUUAUUGAACGCAUUCGUUUAUUUAUUUAUUUUUUAGUUAUAGCCCAACAGCGCAUUCGUUCUAGUGGGUGUUUAUGUAAAGCGGCGGUAUUUGUUAUAAUUCCUCCCGUGUAUUCUAAAAUAGCACCGAUUUGGACUGAUUUUCUUUGUAGGGUUUGUUAGGGUGCAAGGUGACGGAAAUAGUUCUGCUGUAGGUAACACAUCGAUCGGUAUUAUUCAUCUUGGAUUAUUUCUCUUCUUUACUGUGGAAUUUGGAUGAAUCUGCAGUUUUGUUUGGAUUAAUGUUCCAAUCCAACUUUCAUUUCUGUUAUUAAUAUUAGUGCUCAGAACUAAUAAGGUGAUCCACAGAACCCCGAAUCGAGAGAAGCGAAAUAGAAGAAAACGUACCGCAGACUAAGUUGGAAAAUGAAGCGGGUUAUUAAUUCAUCCUUGAAAUCCUGCUCCUGAAACAACCUCAUCAUCAAAGAUGCACAUUUGCUUCAACAGCAUUAAUAACACCUGCAGUUUAAGCUGAAAAACACAGACCACUUUCCAAAGACUGCAUCCAGACAAGCACUGUAUCUGAAGUAUCCUCAAUGCUGUAUCUCAAAUCUCUCAUGUGACAGGCUCAAGACUCCACCUCAGUUAUUCUAAUGUACUAAGCACACUUUGUUGAGCAGUUUGAUGGGGAUCAGGUCGGAUGACAGCUGGAACUGUGGUCAUCACUGGCGGAAUACUAGCUACGGUGAUACUAUUGAGUAUCAUAGCUGUGCUGUGUUACUGCAGGCUCCAGUAUUACUGUUGCAAGAAGGAAGGCUCCGAAGAUGAGGAGCAGUCAGAAAGCCACGCUACCCCACACUUUGCAUGUAACGCCUGCACCAUGCAGGCAAGCGAUGGAUCUGCCCUUAUCAACCCCCAGCCCCUGCCCCCUGAGCCCGGCCCGACAGGGGCUGGCACGCGGAACUACUGCCCUACCUGCUCGCCUUACAGCUCCCCCUUUUACAUACGGACAGCAGGCGAGAUGCGCAAUGGGGGGGAAAGAAUCACCUACACCCCCACCCGCUAUGAAUUCUCCUCUGUUAACAGGCCCCCCAAACAGGGUCUGUCGAUGAGCAGGGAAACUUCCAGCAACAAGUACAGGGUUAGGUGCACAGAGGUGUGAAUGGGACAGUCAGAGGACUUUUGUUUCAUGUAUUGAGAUGCUUUUGAAAAAUACCACAUUACCAAGAGCAAGCCACCGAUGUUCUUCUUAGUGUGUGAUCACGUUAACAGAUCGAGUUUUACAUGAGAUAAAAUGAGCGCAUGGGCUUGUAUGCAGAACUUUUUUUUAGAAGAGGAUGAGAAUAUAGAGGAAAUAUUUUAGCUGUCACGAAGAAGUCUUUGAUUAUGAUAUUUUAGUUCCGAAUCCCGGCCCUGUACAGUAAUGCAAAUGUUAAAACACAUCUUGGAUGUGGGGGUCACCUGCAUCAGUGCGCUUGUGAUAUUAUUAUUCAGACAGUUACUGCAGAUUUUAAUAUCCACAGGUCUAUGUAUUCAGUUGUGUAAAAAAAAAAAUGGAAUUCCUUCGAAGUAUCUCCAUUUUAAUUCUUUAAAAGCUUUGGCCAACACUGAAGCAGAAUAAACUAUACAAUACAAUUUAUACAUUGCUUGGAAACAAUUUGAACUGAAAUAGUGUUAAAGCACUAAAAUACUUCCAGUAAAUUGUACCUAAUGUUUAUUGUCAUCACUUUGCAGGGUACAUUGUCCUCUAUAAAAGAUGCACACUCUAUGAUAAAUGUGUAAUGGUUUUUUAAUGGUAUUGAAGUAUUAAAAUAUCUUAGUGCUACA